GACUGACAUGUGACAGUUCCUUUUCAAUAAAUAAAGUUUCCGAUUAAUUACAAAAUUUAGAAUAAUGGAAACAGAAUCAAAUAUUACUGAAUUAGGCGAUAGAAAGUCCUACGCGGGCAUUCCAGAAGCCGAAUUUGUGGAAGAUGUAGAUGCUUACAUGCAACGAUCUGAAAAUAACAGUAACGUAGACGAAGUUUUAAAAAAAUUAGAUAGCCAGCACGCCAAAUAUAAAUUCAUGGAAUAUAAUUUAUUGUCAAAGAAGAAACGGCUACUAAAUCAAGUCCCAGAGUUGAAAAGAUCCCUUACUAUGAUAGAGAAACUUGAGGAGGAAAAGGAAGAGUUCGAAACGCAGUUCCUGCUUAGUGAACAAGUGUUUGCGAAAGCCAAAGUUCCUCCCACUGAGACUGUAUGUUUGUGGUUAGGUGCAAAUGUAAUGUUGGAGUACACUUUAGAAGAUGCGAAAAAACUGUUGACUCAAAACAUUACCGCAGCGACGCGGAACCUGAGCUAUGUUGAACACGAUUUGGACUUCUUAAGAGAUCAAUUCACAACCACUGAAGUUAACAUGGCAAGAGUAUAUAAUUGGGAUGUCAAAAGGCGUCAAGCAUUGAAAGCAACAGCAGCAAAAUAAUACAGAGAUGUUUUUGAUAGAGGCCAAUAUAUUAAUUGCAUUUUCAUCAAAUUAUUUUAUUUUUAUUAAUAAAUUAAUAUUUACAAUCAUUGUAAUCUACAUCCAAGCCUUUGAUUUGAAAUUGGCUGCCACAGAAGAAUGAUUUUGUUUCUUAAGUAUUAAAAAUCAAAUAUUUUUAAUGUGAUCUGUAUUUCUCAAGACAUGUGACAUCAAUUGCACUAUUUUUUAAUCAUUUUCUUUGCUUAUUUAUAGUUACUUUCAUUUUUAUUAUUAAAAAAUUUGAAAUCUA